AUGACUACGGGUGUCUCCCCGUCCAGCUCCCCGCGUCUCCCCAGUCCGCCUCCAUUCACUGAGGUUCAAAUAGGGCCUCAAUCGCCCUCGGUCGGCGAGUCUUUCGGAAAAGAUGCAGAUCAGCUGAUGGGAGCUUCCGCGGGAGAAGACGAUGGAUCAACGCGCCGAAUCCGACCGGGAACCAAGGCCGGUGACAUGGCGUUUGGACCACCGCUGAUUCCACUGUCACAGCUUGAUUCUCCUUUUCAGCUCCAAGAACACCUCAAAGCCCUGUACCAUCACUUCACCAAACCCGAAGGAUCGGACACCGUGGUCCCGAUCAGCCGCGAGGUCGCCGUCCAGCUGGCCGAACCCCCGGAGGGUGUUGAUCGGUCGCUGUGGCUCUACGAGCUGUGCCGUUUUCUCACCAUGAAAGUAAAUAACCUCAUCAUUGCCUUUUUUGCCGAGAACCCUCCGUGCUCGUCACAGACCUGCCCCGAAAUGCGAGCGUCGGAAUGGCAGUAUCUCUGCGCCGUCCAUGACCCACCAAAAUCAUGCUGUGCUAUCGAUUACUGCUGCCACACCCUCGACUGGGCUAACAACACGCUCACUUCACCCAAAUACUUUCCCAGUCGGCUGACGCUCGGCUCCGAGGCCGCCGGGGGGCCUCAGGCCAGCAUGAGGCAUCUGACCAACAUCUUCCGCCGGCUGUAUCGCAUCUUCGCGCAUGCGUGGUUCCAGCACCGGGAUGUAUUUUGGGAGGUGGAAGGCCAUGACGGUCUCUAUGUCCUCUUCAAGACGGUCUGCGACAUGUACGACCUCAUCCCCGAAGACAACUACACGAUUCCUGCCGAAGCCGAAGGACCGGAUGCAGUCCAACCUGCGGCCGAGGAACCUGCCGACAAACGAUUAACGAUUUUGCGCAAGGAGGAUGAGAACCCGUUCGGCGCCGGCGCCGAGGGCAUGGACCCAGCGAUCAGCACCGGCGCUACUACUCGGCGCCACAGACACAGUCCGUCGACUGGAUCUCGAGUCACGACGAUCACAGAAAGUGCCGAGGAUCCAGACGAUAUUCCGGAGAGUCCAGCGCCGCUGCCGGAAGCUGUGGAGGAGUUGCCCGAGUCGCGACCUCAGUCGGUUAUGGAGGUCACCGCUCCCCACACUUCAGAGAACCAGCAAACCCCGGCUAACGAAACCGGGUCGAAUGCCCCCGAAGAAACACUUGAAAAGACUGGGGAAUCGGGCACAGAGGUUGCGGAGCAGUCCCCGCAACCAACUGAGGAGCUGGCGAGUCCUGAGCAGCCCGAAGCACCGCAGCCAACAAAUGUCCAACCUGAAGGUCUUGCGGAGCCCACACCCGACGGUGACGAUGCAACUACCCCUUCUGCAGACACCACCAAACAGGUUCUUAUGGAACAAACGUCGCCUGAUCCUGAGUCACAGCCAGAGCCAGAGCCGACCAAAGCCUCGUGA